UUCUUGAUAUGUGUUUGCUGCUAAGGUGAUAUCUCUUUCUCGUGGAUCUAUAUUCCGGUGACGUAUCCGUUUCCCGGCGAGUUUUUUCCCGAGAGAUGAGUCCCUUGGUUCUGUCGAUUUCGAGCAACUCUCGUCUCUUACCGAUGUCUUCGGUCGCCUUCCUCCUCCUGAGGCCCCCUCGUGCACCACCGUCGGAGCCUCCUUCUCCACCUACUCCACCGGAACCACCAGAUCCACCGGACCCUCAGAUCUGCUUCUUCCUUAGUGAAGCUCUUGCCCAACUGUUGUCUUCCUCUUCCUUUAAAGUGUGGGAUUCUCUUGUCCUCCAUCUCUCCUCUAUCAUAUGUGAUUCUCUAUCGCCAGCGAGGAUCUCUCCCCUUCCAACAAAGUUCCCCUUUUUCGUUAGAUUGAUGCUUCCCAAUGAGUCUUCCUUUGCAACCUGGUUUGAAGAACUUGGUACUCUAGUUUGUACAACCUCUUUAACCACUGUUGACGCCGUCAUCGUACCUCCUCCGAUGUUCCCCCAGGUAUGCUCUUGCUCUUCGUCCUCUUCACCUUCUAUGAUGGGAAUGUUUUGGAUGUUUGUUGAGUUUGUAGCUCUGGUCUUAUGGGAUUCGGAUGUAGCUUAUGCGGAUUCGAUGAGCUUAGAUACUCUUGUGUCGACUUUAGUGCUCUCUUCCAGCACCCUUAUCGCUUUAAUGCGAUCAUUUACCGCAAUAUGCGGAUUCUAUCUCAAUCUCGAUGUAGCCUUGUUGAAACUUGUCUCGUGGCAGCUUGGACAAAGUUCUUUGAGUAUUGACAACCAGCCAGCUCACCUGGUUCUUAGGGGUUUUUAUAGCCCUCAUCUCUCCUUUAUGGAGUUUAUUAUUCUCCCAAAUUCUUCACUUGUGUGUAGUGAUAAUGUUACAGGGAGCAUUGUGGUCAAGAUUGUUCUGCUUGAAGUAGAAGCGGGGAUUGUUGUUCAAGACUGUUCUCGUUCAGCUUUUGCUGACUAUUUGACAUUAGUGUCUUUGGAGGCUUUGUUUCCUCCUUCUAGUGGUUUCAGCAAGGACUCCCAAGCUAGAGACGUUUGCUUUGUUGAAUGCUCUUGGUUUGAUGCUUCUUUGGUUGAACUCGUGAGUUCACCAUUAUCCCAAAGUCUCAUUUUGAGCAUUGUUGUUGCUAGCUUUCCCUUUUGCUCGACCUCUAUGUUAGGCGAUGCUUUGGUUUAUUCAGCUCUUUGUAGCUUUGUUGUACUCUCUCUUAGUAGAGUUUAAACUAUUUUUUCAUUUUAUGAUA